AUGGGCGAGCGCAAGGUAAUAAACAAGUACUACCCUCACGACUUCGACCCGUCCAAGAUCCCGCGGCGGCGGCGGCCCAAGAACGGGCAGAUCAAGGUGCGCAUGAUGCUACCGAUGACCCUCCGCUGCGCCGCCUGCGGCGAGUACCUCGGCCGGGGCACCAAGUUCAACGCCCGCAAGGAGGACGCCGCCGGGGAGCGCUACCUGGGCGCCAUCCAGGUCUUCCGGUUCUACAUCAGGUGCCCACGCUGCUCCGCCGAGAUCGCCUUCAAGACGGACCCAGGGAACUCGGACUACGCGGUCGAGUCCGGCGCCACGCGGAGCACGGAGCCCUGGCGCGGCGCCGCGGACGACGGCGGGGCCGCUGCGCGGGAGGGCGGCGGAGACGCCAUGGCGGCGCUGGAGGGCCGGGCGCGCGCCGGCAGGCGCGAGAUGGACGCGGACGCGGCGCUGGAGGAGGCGCGCUCGCUCAGCGCCCGGCGCGCCCGGGUCGCGCCGGCGCAGGCCCUCGAGUCCCUGCACAACCGCUGCCGGGCAGCCGAUCGCCGCGAGGCGCUGCGAGAGUUGGAGCAGGUAGCUGACGAGGCGCUGGUCAAAUCCAUCCGUUUCCGCAACGCCGCCGGCUACCUCAAGCGGAUCGAUGAGGAAGAUGACCGCGAGGACGACGAGGACUUCUUGGCGGCGUCUUUGGUCAGGACCGUGGACGCCAAAGUGCAGAACAAGAAGCGGCGGCAAGGUGCCGACCAGCCCGUGGUUAUCGCUUCCAAGCGGAGAUGCACGACGGCGGCGGCCCCAGCAGAGGGCGAGGCACACGACGAUGAUCUCGCGGAGACGUCGGAGGGCAAAGCAUCUGCUGGCGGCGCUCUUCAGGCGCUGUGCUGCAGCUACGACGACCUCAGCGACGAUGAGGAGGGCUGAUGACAGAUGGUGCUUGCUGGUUACCUCCAAUCGAGCUAUCGUUCCCAACCGAAACCGCUCAGCGCUCAAUGGCCGUGUUGCAUUUGCA